CACGACCACAUACGGGACUCUUCUUCCCUAUUUUUGGAAAACAUAUGAACAAAGCUUUAUACUGGGGUUCAUCAAGUGCACACCUCCCAUCCUCAAAAUCCCUCAAAAUCCUUCACAAAAUGAGCUGGGCAUGGACUGAGUAAGAGGUAAAAUGGGCUAUCAUCAACACAAAAGGUACGAUUCUGAAUUUGGUACUUGACAUUCAAACCCAGAAAACCCAGAUCUGAUGAAUCUAUUGAGUAUCUUCUAUGUAGACUUCAAAUCAUGUAUGGUGUAAUCAGCUCCUCCAUUGUUCUAAAGUUGAAAUCAUGGCUGGGCAUCUCCUAAUUUUGAGCAAAUCCCCUCUAUUAGAGCUGUUUGGAAGCUGGGUACCCUUUGAUUUCCCACUGUGCAAGGUCCAACAAACUGCAGGACUUGGUUGUCCAAGCAAUGGCUUCGAAAGGGACCGGAGAAGACAAUUAUGAAGGCAAGCAAAAAAGUAUUACCAAACGCUCAUUUGCAUUGGCGGAAGCACUAAGUCAAGCCACUGAAAAGAAUGCCUCGGACUUCAUGAAUAGAAUAACACAACGAGUCCCGAAUGAAGGUGGGGUACGUCAACUUGGCCCAAGUUUCCAGAGUGAUAUACCGACUGAUGUGGAAAAAUUUUGAGCCAGCAUGAAGUGGAUGAUUCUAGCUAUUUCAGUGAAGGAAAAGCAUGGGGAGCAUGGGGAACAAAACCAGGAAAAUGGCCUGGUGAAACGGCCAACUGGAUUCCGUGGGUAGAACGAGUCGAGAAGCGAUUUGGGGAAAUAUGGAAACGACUUGGGAUCUAUGACGCCAUCAAGCUGUCCACCAUUACUAUUCCUUGUGACCGCUCCUUGCUGGCUGCCGCUAUGUGUUUUUGGAGUUCUCAAACAAACUCUCUGGAGCUUCAGUUUGGUGCAUUUAGUCCGACCUUGAUUGAUAUAGCGGCCAUUAUAGGCGUGCCGCCACAUGGGCAAGUGGUGGACAUUGUAUUUGCAGAAGGAAAGUUUGAUAUUGAUCUUGGUGGUGAGCUAAGAGAUCGAAGUAAGGGCAGACCAGCCGUUGCCAAUUAUAAUACAUGGAUUGAGGUGUUUAACAGCGGCUUAGGAAAUAAGUCACUUGAUAAUGUUGGCAGUCUAGAAGAGAAAGAGGAAAACCAGCAGGAGACGAUGGAAGUAACUCAUGUAGAGCAUGCUGCGUUUCUUGCCUUUUGGAUAUGUAAGUACUUAGUGUGCACAACUUCUAAAAAAGUGAAUGUGGAGUACUACAAGUUGGCUGAAGCAUUAGCAAGUAAAGAAGUACAAGAGAGCGAUCAGCCAUUAGCUCUUGGUCCAUUUGUGCUUGCCCACUUAUACAGAUGUCUUCACCAUUGUGUGACCGAAGGACUGAAUCCAAAUUGGUCUGGGCCAUUGUGGAUUUUUCAGUUGUGGCUGCACACUUACUUUCCCACUUUCAGACAGCCGGGUUUAGCAUUGGCCGUAGACACCACUCUUGGACAACAAUUGGCUCCUCUUGAUUUACUUCCUCAUUCGGCAGAAGAGUGUUUUGAGGUGUUGUUCAAGUGUCCAGAGUUUUCUGCAGAACAGUUUGCCGUUUGUUUUAGUAGGAAGUAUCCAUCCUACCUUGCAAUGGAUAUCAGCCAACACACCUCAGAAAGUGAGACGAGGUGGGAGACUGCGUGUUCAGCUUGGAAGAGUGCAAUAGGUAUGAGGGAUCUCUUCUGGGGUGCCUUGUCUGGUAAAACACUCAAGUGUGGAGUGGAGUUAUAUUCACCAUCCUACUUCAGUCGUCAGUUGGGAUAUUAUCAAGCUAUACCGGCUCCGGUGCCAGAAUCGUCAAACCGAUAUAGUUCAUUGCGAGCCGUUUUCUCCAACAAGGACGACAUUGAGCAGAAUAACAAGGCGUUUGUGUACAACAUGAGCUUUCCCAUGAAGACAAGAGUAGCAACUAGCAAGAGUUCCUCCCAGUUCAGAGAGUGGUGGGCGAAACGAGUAGGUAGCCGCUUUAAAGAUGGGUUGGUGUCGGCUAGGCGAUCGGCUUUUGCAGGAAAUCCAUGGGCACAAGAGAAGCCGAAAGCUGUAAGGCGUGGUAAAAUAACAAGCAAGGUUGCUAGAGCAAUCCCAACUAUAAGUGGCCAAGAAUCUUUGAAGAAGUGUGCUAAAGGGAGCACAAAGAGAAAGGCCAACCAUAGUGCGGCCACUGAGGCGGCCAAAGAUGGUGCCACUUUGUCUUCAACGUCUCAAUCUCCUCCAGCGAAACGACCGGCAACACAAGAUGAGCAAUCUUCUGAGAGCGAAGAACGAUUGUGCGUGGCCAAACGAAGUUGCCAUUGAUAAAGAUGGCCAACCAAGUAGUGAUGAACCUGUGGGAGAGAUAAUUUCUCUUGAAAGAAUGGCUGAAAGCGAAGUUGUGACAAUGAAUAUGGAAGAAACACUUGUGCUCACCCAAACUUCAACGCAAGCCAGUAUUCCCUCCUCGUCGCUUAGUGAGCAACACCUGGUGUUGGCUAAUGAACUAGAAGGUAAUCAAGGGUUUGAAGCCGAACUUCAGGCUUUCAUGAGGGCAUUUUCGGCCGAUGCUCUAAUCCAACCAGAAUGCUGCUCGGCCAUUUCGCAGUUACCAACCGCACACUUGACAUCAAGGGAGGAAGUUGAUGGGGCUCUAAAGGUGGUAAAGGAAGCGUUAGCGCAACCAUUAAAAGAAUUUGUGGAAACAAGCCAACUAUCAAAAGUGAAAGUGGCCAUGGAUUUGUUACUUGGAGCCAAAUACUUUGCCCCUCCCAAGGUAGCUCUCAUUGGUGAGAAGCUAGAAGUGUUGACCCAACAAAUAUCCCGUGUAGCUGGUUCAUACCAAGAAAUAGAAAAAAGGAGACAACAAAUCUUGGCU